CGCCUCUCCUGACGGGAGGGGUGGGACGUGCACCACGUGCCUGGCUUUGGAUCACUGGCAACCGGUAGUGCAGAAGUUUACAUAUCGAAACGUGACGUCAGGAAAACAACAACAAAUCUCUCGUUGAUAAGGAUUCGCUUCUCAUGAGGAAAUAUGAGAUGAAAUUACUAUCGAACUGGCUGCGUUGGUUGUGGGUUGCCUGCAAUGUGGGAAAAAGUCUUCAAGAAGUGAGCACAUAGAAAAAAAAACCAAGUAAAUGGACGGUUUCUGGUGACUUUAUUUGUAGCAAGUGAAUUGUUCACUUGGUUGCUUAGUUGCUUAAUCGACGGGCACAAUUUUUAACAUAAUCUUCGCGAGUGAUACAACAAGAAUCUUGAAGAUGAUCUUACAACUUAAUGAGAUGACAAAUUAUUCUGGAAGCAUUGUGAAGUCUAACUAUCCUGCUACCAAUGUGAUGACAAGCUAUUCUGUGAUAUUCUGACAAAUCGUGGCCUGACUUUGAUGGAGGAAGUGUGUUGCUGGAGUUUCUCGUUGCAAACGUGAUUUACGUAUAAGACAUCAUAAUGGCGACAUAGUCAUUGCACCAACAGCAAAAACAUUUUGCAAAAUGGUGAGCCGUGCGUCCCCGUCGCCAAAUGGACAAUGCCGACGUCACCAACGACAAAACCAGUUGCUUCAUUAGGAUCAUAACCACAGCUGUUAGAGUAAUAUAUUGGCACAAGUCUGGAGUACAUCUGGGAAUGAACUAUGGAUUCAGACUACGCUACUGACAUGAGUGUCGAGGCUGCUGCUGCUGCUGCUGGACUAGAGAGUCUGAUGAACUCGUCCUCAAUGUUCGACUGUGUCAGUGAGGACGAGAGGGUGGAUGUCAAUCAGGUCAUAUCCUACGUCGCCUCCAAGUCCUCCGCCUGGCUGAACGCCAGCAACUGUUCCCUACCUCCCGGGGUCAACUCGCUGGCUGACCUGCGUGACUCCGGGGGCAAGCCGGCUGUCUUCGUGGUCGGCCGUCUCUUCUACGGAUUUACACCCAUGGUCCUGCUGGUCGGCCUCAUCGGCAACACUCUGUCUCUCUGCGUCUUCGUCUCCAGGAACAUGAGGUCCCUCUCGGCUUCCACAUACUUGGCGGCCCUCUCCACCGCUGACCUUACAGCCCUCGUCUUCUACGUGCUGGUGGAGUGGCUCAUCCGGGGACUGCCAGGCAUUGCAGGGGAGGAAGAAGACAAUACCAGCCUGAUGGCCACUAAUGGGUCGUGCCAGAUGGUGAUGUACUUGCAUUACGUGUCAAGGUUCCUCUCCGCAUGGAUCGUGGUGGCCUUCACCGUCGAAAGGUACAUCGGCGUCUGUCAUCCGCUCCGGCGCCGCGACAUCUGCACGACGUCGUCGACGCGGCGCCUGGUGGUGGGGCUGAUCGUGGUGUCGUUCCUGGUCAACGUGUACAAGCCGCUGUUGUCGCAGGUGCAUCACGUGCCAGGUGUGGGCAUGCUGUGCACCUCCCACCAGGACCACCGCUUCCUAACCUUCGUGCUGGACUCCACCUACGCGGUGAUGAUCACGUUUGUUCCCUUCGUCAUCAUCACCGUCUUCAACCUGCUCAUCAUCCGCAAGCUCUUACGUCACAACAGGAAACGUCGCAAGGUGCGCGUGGUGACAGAGGAAAGCGUCAUCCGCCUGGAGUUCACCCUCAUCCUCCUCGUCGUUAGCUUCUGCUUCAUCGCCCUCAACGUCCCGUACUUCGCCACGUGGCUCAAGGUGUUCCUGGCGUCGCACUACAUCAGCGUCUCCUCCUUCGCGCGGCCCGCCGACCUCGACUACUUCCGGGGCGUGGCCCUCAUCACGCGCGCCAUCUUCUACGUCAACUACUGCAUCAACUUCUUCCUGUACUCCAUCACGGGGGCCUACUUCCGGCGCGAGCUGCGCAUGCUGUUCGUGCUGCGGCAGCAGAAAUACAAAGUGGAGACGGCCUUGCUAACACCUCGGCGAUACAGAGCCUACUCGUCACAGGUAGUUAACUCCAGGUAUCACGUGCCUGUCCUAGACUGUCAGGUGUCACUCACUCAGGAGUCGAAAUUCCACUGAUGUCAUGACAGUUUAUGGUGUGACACUGUCGAACUGUCGAACUGUAGAAAGGAGACGGAAACGUUUCGUCGUCUGUCUCUUGUGUACUGCGGAGACUUUUUGUUUUCUUGGAGGAGGGGAGGGAACUUUGAAGGGCAGAACACUCUGGAGACAAAGGUGUAAAGGUGUUUAGUUCUCGAAAUUCGUUUGAAGUCUGGCAUUCGGUAAAUGUCAAGGGCUUGUGCUGGAGAGGUGCGUGUGCAAUGGCUCGGGUACCAGGAAUGUGGUUUAUUACAACUGUUGAACACAGGAUUGCGGUUUAUUACAACUGUUGAACACAGGAAUGUGGUUUAUUACAACUGUUGAACACAGGAUUGCGGUUUAUUACAACUGUUGAACGCAAGAAUGUGGUUUAUUACAACUGUUGAACACAGGAAUGCGGUUUAUUACAACUGUUGAACACAAGAAUGUGGUUUAUUACAACUGUUGAACACAGGAUUGCGGUUUAUUACAACUGUUGAACACAGGAAUGUGGUUUAUUACAACUGUUGAACACAAGAAUGCGGUUUAUUACAACUGUUGAACACGGUAAUGCGGUUUAUUACAAAUGUUGAACAUCGCGUGUGAUGCUGACUAACGGUUUGAGGAUGUGAUGACAUGUUUCUCGUCAACAGUUUCUAGCGGGUCAUCGCAACAAGUUUAUUUUACGAGAAAAGUGUGUGAGGGACACGGAAAAAGAGAAAAAGAGAAUAAGUCCUGACAAAGGAAAAUGUUUUCCUAGUUUGUGUAUACAUUUAUGUCAAAGAAGUGUAUGUGUGUGUGAGUGUGCACGCUGUGUGUGUGUUGAUGCUCAUGUGUGUCUGACAGCUUAGCAUCCAAGACUGCAUCUUUUUCAUCAAAUUUCAUUCAAGUUUUCGGUAUAAGGCCAUACAUUUUUUAUACCUAUUUUUAGAUGUGCAUAUAAAUAACUGAUUAUGUAUGCGCGCCUCAAGAGAGACUGUUAAAGUUGCUUAUGUGUUUGUGUGUGUGUGUGUGAGAUGAAGUGUGUAACAUUGAUGCCUGUCAUGAUUUUUGUAACUGUCACACAGCUUAUGGAAAUACGCCAUUGACUUAAUGUCAUGCGAUAUGGAAUGUUGACUUAAAAUUCAGAGCUGUCCGCUCGUUUUGUGUUUUAUACACAACUCGGCCAUUUCAGAGGACCAUGACAGAUUGCCUAUUCAGUCAACAUGUUUCAUUACCCGCUAAGUUUUCAGUUAAGAACAAACAGGGUUUGAAGUUAUUCAACCGUCGCGGUUUCUUUCUUAAGUCGGUCAGGCAUAGCUGAGGUUUAGUAGACCUUGCUAAUGUCCCUAGGUAGCGAUUUAUUAGCGAUUAUUAUUAUUGUGUGACUUUCUAUUAGGCAUGAUCAUUACACUCAUGAACUAGCCUGCUUUCAGCGCUGGACUCAAAAACAAAACAUGAAGGACGGAAGGAUAAACUACCGUGCAAGUAAUACAAGAGAAACAUAGAAAAUGCAAAGAGGAAUCAGGGAAACACACAGAAAGACCUGAAAGUCUGCCAAGUUAGUUUUAAAACUUGCAUGGAGCAUAAUUCUGACAAACCAAUAAUGCCUUGGGCUGACAAAAAGAUCUGUGCUUGAACAAAAGUAUGGACAUGACAAGUGUAGAUGGCUAAAAAAAAAAAUUAAAAACAAUAACCGGCACAGGACAUGACAGGUGUAUACUUGCAUAUGUAUACUUGCAGACUGUAGUUUAACUCGUGACACAGAUCGAGCUGGUCUGUCGACUGGUGGUGAUCUGUUGUCACUCUUUGGCGUGCAUGUCACCCUCCUCACUCACUGUGAUCACCACAUUACCUACCCAAGCAACUUUGUUACCGUAGUUGUCAAUUUGACAAGAUCACUAGUCAGUAAUUUCGCUCUCAUUGAAUAUAAAAAAGUCCUUUUCUGUUUUCAUAAAUAAUCGUUUUUCAUAAAUGCCAUUUGACAUUGUUCUGACAAGAGAGAAAGUCCGGCUUACACGGUUUUAUUUUAAAAAUUUGAAACAAAGUAUUUUGAGAAAGUUUCAUAACUAAGUAGAGUUGUCUUAUUAGGGUUUAGAAUUAUAAAUUCGUUGUGCAAAUGACCAGUAAGUUUUUUUAAUAUCAGACAAGUUCAAAGUUGCUAGCAACCUCUUGACAAAACAGGAUUCUUUUCUAAAAUCCAUUUUAACUUCGUUAUAAAUUUCUCUCAAAAAACCUGUUAUUGCCUUUCUAAGAAUGGUCUAAACUCUAACUACUGACACGUGUACAACCUGAGCCACUGUGAUGUUUAGGUUUAUACCAAUGAACUCUGGACUGAGGCCUUUAAAAAAUAUCUUGGUCUCUUUGCAUGACGAAGAUUAAAGCUGUAAUGUUCAACUGACUAGAACUCAGAUUUCAAUAGAAGGUAUAUUAUUGUGAAUCAAUAUAUAAAAAUAAUUUUGCACUUGAACAUUUAUGCGCAAAAGCAAUUGCAUCUGAAUGGAUAGUCAGUCUAGAAAAAACUUAAACUCAGCAUUGCGAACUUUGUCAGAAAUGUAAAGUACACUCGAGUACAUGGACAAACACACAAACAUACAAAUAUACAAUCAUGCACUCCAGCGUGCAUGCUCUGGUUUUAGUUUGGUGCCUUUGUACAUGCGUGUACAUACGUUAUACAUGCGCGCGCAUGGAAUCAAUAUCAUGUUCAUUAUUGUUAUUCUUUGCACUUCCUGCUCGUUGCAUCUCUUGUACAGACAUCAAGUUUGUUUCUCUUACAGAAUGUUUUCGGGAGAAAAAAUGCACAUUUUAACUAUUCAUUCCAUUGGUCUGUAACCAACUCUUUGUUCAGUCAGUUUUUAAGCUCUACAAACCAUUUAUAUAUGUUUUUGAGUGACAGUCUAUACCAUAUACUCUAAACAUAUUUUUUGUUGUAUUGAAGGCGUGUCCGUAUCGCACGUGACAUCUGUACAUCAGAUGAAUGUUCAGUCAGUUCUCUUCAGACCCACCAUCCACGUACUUUGUUUGAAUGUUCAUUGAAAACACUGUUCUGUAGCUAUGACCGAUGCUGCCCCUGCAGUUGUCAAUAAAAACAAUG